GAAAGCGAGGAUAGAGCAUAAAAGAAAGUGGAUGUGAUAUGAAGCAAAAUGAGGAGUCAUGAACCUCGUUCAAGCUCCUCAUGUGCAGCCUGCAAGUUCUUGAAAAGAAGAUGCAUACCCAAUUGCAUAUUCGCACCAUAUUUUCGAUCUGAUGAGCCUAAAAAGUUUGCUAAAGUACACAAGGUCUUUGGUGCAAGCAAUGUGAGCAAGAUCUUGACUGAAGUUCCUGAAGAGCAACGAGAAGACACGGUUAAUUCUCUAGCUUAUGAGGCUGAAGCAAGGCUGAGAGACCCUGUCUAUGGUUGCAUUGGAGCUAUAGCUUUGUUGCAAAGAAAGAUGGUUGAGCUACAAUUUGAUCUUUCCAUUGCUAGAGCUCGUCUAGCGCGGUAUACUGCAAAUUAUUCUUCUUCUCCUAUCUUGAAUGAUCGCAGUAGCAUGACAACUCUCUCUGAAUUUCCUGUUGCUUGUGGUGUAUUGAUCGAGAGUUUUGGCCAGAAUUCAUCUGAGUUGAGUCAAGAUGGACUCAUGAAUGAUUUUAGUCAAUUCCCAUAUACAUUUUGAUUUUUUUUUUCUCUGCUGUCUCCCCUGUAUCUCAAAUACCCUCUUCUCUCUACUGUUGGUGUCAAUUUCAUGAACUUGGCCUUCAGUUUAUGUUUCCAAUCAAGAUUUAAGUAAGAAUUCCACGGGAAAUUCUCUCAAUAAUCAAAAUUUUGAAGUUCCGUUCAUAA